AUCCAGCAUUCAAGACAUUCAGAGUCAGCUGAAAGAUUAGACACAAGCACCAUGGAGAAACUGGAGAGAAAUCAUCCAAACAGGCAAGUGAUUCCUUUCCUUUUUGUGCUGCUUUGGGAUCAGGUUCUAACGGUGCCUACUCGGUACUCUGUCCUGGAAGAAACAGAAAGUGGCUCCUUUGUAGCCCAUCUGUCCAAGGACCUGGGCCUGAGACCUGGGGACCUGACAGCCCGGUCUGCUCGAGUGGUGUCUGAUUAUGAUAAACAGCAGUUGAUUCUGGAUCCUGAGACAGGAGAUCUGCUUCUGAGGGAGAAACUAGACCGGGAAGAGUUGUGUGCUUCUGUGGAGCCCUGUGUGCUACAUUUCCAGGUGUUCCUAGAAAAGCCAGUGCAAUUUCUUCAAGGAGAAUUGCUGAUCCAGGACAUCAAUGACCACUCACCAGAAUUCCCAGAUACGGAAAUGCUCUUGAAAAUACCAGAAAACAGCCAGCCAGGCUCACGGUUUCCACUGAAAUUAGCUCAAGACUUGGAUGUGGGAAGCAAUGGGCUUCAACAUUACAUGGUCAACUCCAAUUCUCAUUUUCAUGUCAUCACUCGAAAUGACAGUGAAGGCAAGAAAUACCCGGAAUUGGUGCAGGACAGAGCCCUGGACAGAGAGGAGCAGGCAGAGCUGAGCUUGACCCUCACAGCUCUGGAUGGCGGUGAUCCACCUAGGUCAGGAACAGCCAUGGUUCGAAUCCUGAUCCUGGACAUCAAUGACAAUGCCCCUGAAUUUGUGAACACCCCCUAUGAGGUGCAGGUCCUGGAGAGCAGUCCCCCAGACUCCCCAGUCCUGACUGUCCUGGCCCAGGAUGCAGAUGCUGGCAUCUUUGGAAGAGUUUCCUAUGGUUUGUUCCAAGCCUCAGACGAAAUUCAACAAACUUUCUCAAUAAACGAAGUCACGGGAGAAAUACGACUGAGAAAGGGAUUGGAUUUUGAAAAAGUUAAAUCUUACCAUGUGGAGAUCGAGGCCACAGACGGAGGGGGGCUUUCUGGGAAGGGCGCUGUGCUGAUAGAGGUGGUGGAUGUGAACGACAAUGCCCCAGAGCUGACCAUAUCUUCACUGACCAGCUCAGUCCCAGAAAACGCUCCAGAAACUGUGGUUGCCAUCUUCCGAAUACGAGACAGAGAUUAUGGAGAGAACGGAAAAAUCGAUUGUUCUAUUCCAGAUACUUUACCAUUCGUUUUAAAACCCUCUAACAAGAACUUUUACACUUUGGUGACAGAGGGCCCUCUGGAUAGAGAGACCAGAGCUGAAUACAACAUCACCAUCACAGUCACUGACCUGGGCACACCAAGACUCACAACCCAGCACACCAUAACAAUGCAGGUGUCCGAUGUCAACGAUAACGCCCCCGCCUUCACACAAACCUCCUACACCCUGUUUGUCCAGGAGAACAACAGCCCCGCCCUGCACAUAGGCACCAUUAGUGCCACAGACUCAGACUCAGGCUCCAAUGCCCACAUCACCUACUCGCUGCUGCCCACCCACGACCCGCAGCUGGCCCUCUCCUCUCUCAUCUCCAUCAAUGCAGACAAUGGGCAGCUGUUUGCGCUCAGGGCGCUGGACUAUGAGACCCUGCAGACCUUCGAGUUCCGCGUGGAAGCCACAGACCAAGGCUCACCAGCACUCAGCAGCCAGGCACUGGUGCGCGUGCUUGUGCUGGAUGCCAAUGAUAAUGCGCCCUUCGUGCUCUACCCUCUGCAGAAUGCCUCCGUGCCCUGCACCGAGCUGCUGCCCAGAGUGGCGGAGCCUGGCUACCUGGUCACCAAGGUGGUGGCAGUGGAUCGCGAUUCUGGCCAGAAUGCCUGGCUGUCUUUCCAGCUGCUCAAGGCCACGGAGCCAGGGCUAUUCACCCUGUGGGCUCACAAUGGUGAGGUGCGCACUGCCAGGCUGCUGAGUGAGCGCGAUGCUCCCAAGCAUAGGCUGCUGCUCCUGGUCAAGGACAAUGGGGAUCCUCAGAGGUCUGCCAGUGUCACUCUGCAUGUGCUGCUGGUGGAUGGCUUCUCCCAGCCCUACCUUUCUCUACCCGAGGUGUCACACGAACCAGCACAAGAUGAGGACUCACUCACUCUGUACCUGGUCAUUGCCCUGGCAUCUGUGUCUUCGAUCUUCCUUUUGUCUGUGCUGCUGUUCGUGGGGGUGAGGAUGUGCAGGAGGGUCAGGGCGGCCUCUCUGGGUGGCUGCUCUCUUCCUGAGGGACACUUUCCUGGUCACCUGAUGGAUGUCAGCGGCGAGGGGACCCUGUCCCAGAACUACCAGUAUGAGGUCUGUCUGACAGGGGACUCUGGGACUGGUGAGUUCAAGUUCCUCAAACCUAAUUUGUUGCUUCAGAAUGCUGGGAGAGACUUCAAGGAAAGUCCCCACUGCAGGGAUAGCUUUGUAUUCCACUAA